GACAACGUGCAGGAUGUACACAGCGAUGUUGUGGUGACUCGUGGCCCGGACAAUAUGAGACGUUCCCCGGCGACCAGCCCGCAGUCAGCAGCCCGUUGCUCGGGAUAUAGGAGAAAGCUUCCCAGCCAUUGGCAUCGAGUGGAGGAGCUGAGGGAGACUUGUGAGGAGCCCGCACGCCCCAUGUAAAGAGUUAACCCACAAGCAGGACUUGAAAAGAAAUAUCCACUUGUAUUUGAAAUGGCUGGAAAAAGACACUUUGGCAGCAUGGAUCAUGUGAUGCACAAUAAGUUAGCCCGUUUGGAGUUGGCUUCACAGCGUUCUGCAGCUUGUUUUGGGCUUUCAUCUCCACAGGAUUUGCAGACAUGUCAGAACUUCAUGGCCUAUUCUAUGCCUAAUACUGAUGGCCAUGGAUCAUUUAAUCCCUGGAGCACUACAGCUGCAUAUAUGCAAUAUACAGACAGUGCCCAAAAUGAGCAUCUGCAAACUAGGGAAGCAUCAGUGAAGUAUAAAAGACCACAUGUCGAACGACCGCAUAAUCCUUUGCAGCUGUCAGAUAAUUCAAGUAAUCGGGUUCCAGUUCAUCACAGUUCCCCAGUACGUGGUUACCAUAUGGCAUGUCCACGUGCAUGCCCUUCAAUUGCAAUGCCCAGGCCUGUUUACAGGAGUCAAAGUAACUUUAUGGAUGCAGCAUAUGGUACAAGAGGUUUUCAAUCUCUGUCUUCUCAACCCCUAUGUCCACCUACUGUGGAAUGGACUUCUGCAGGAUUUGCCCAACCGUCUUCUCCAUUAUAUGACUCUGGGACAAAAAAACAUUUCUCCACCCCAACCACUUACCCUGAGGUAGCUGGGAGCCCAUCUUCCCUGUCUCAGGGCUUACAGGAGCAAAACUAUGUUUAUAGACACAGAGCUGAUACAAGUCGUUCAGUAGGUGUUUCUUCAGCAUAUCCCCAAAAAGACAUUUUCACAGAUGCCCAUCACUCUGUCGCUCAACAAAAUGUUCAUCUUCUGUACGCUGAAGGCAAUGUACCUUUAGGCCGACAAAGAAGUUCUGCCUUCACCACGCCCUCUCCAAAACAUAGUAAUAAUAAACCUAGUGCCUACCAAGGUAGCCUUGACCAUCGACUGGGCAAUUCAUAUUCAAAGAAUUUUAACAGUAAUGCAACAGACAAUAUCCAUCAUAGAUCCACAGAAUUAUCUUGCAGUACGGACUUGAGAGAAUCACCACAAAGUUUAAGGGGGAGUUCAGUUUAUCCACAACGAGAGCAUCAUAUGCACUCCGGCUAUGGGAAUUCAGAGCUAAGAGCUCAAACAUCUCACCAUGAUAGAACUCUACAACCAAGUGAGAGACCUUUCCAAGCAAACCCAAGUACACACAAGACCAUUACAGAGAUCCCAGUGUGCUCUGGUCAGAUGAAUAGAUAUGUAUGUGUGAUGUCUAGCAGAGCAGACAAGCCUCUGUUUGACUCAUCCCCAACAAAUAGGAGUUUGCAAGAAAGGUCUGCCUAUCAAGAACAGAGUGCACAUGCCAGUUUUGAUCAACAGGGUAGCAGUUCUAUUACAACCCCAAUUGUCUCCAGUCAUGAAUUUAUUUCUGCUCAUCAUGCCAAUAGGCAUUCAAUUGCGUUAGAAACCUCUUCACUGUAUAGCUCAAUCCACGCUUUUGAAGACCGUCGGGUUACAGCCGCUCAAACAGUAGAAAACACUACAGAAAGUCAUAGCAGUGUAUCAAAUGUACAUCUCAAACAUGCAGAAUCAACUGUUCCUAGUCCCUCUGUAUCCAGAGUUGAUGGCCAAUAUCAAAUGAAUCAUAACAAUGUGAGCUCAAGAUAUGAUGCAGCUACAUUAUUGCCCCCAAACUGUGAACUUCCAGGUAGCAAUAUGGUUGAUAUUGCUGACCCGAAAUCUGCAUCUACGAUCGGUGAGGAUGUGUGUUUUGAUAAUCCAAAAUCCCCACCAAUGCCAGUUAUUAAUGAUGUAUUUAGCCUUGCCCCGUACCGUGCUUAUUUGGAAGGAAAAGCACCACAUCCUUUUGCUACCAAUCAGGAAUCUGAAGUGGAAAACAUAGCUUCUGCCUCAGCUUUCUUAGAGGCUCCACUUACUGAAGACAGGACAGAAAAACUUAAAGGAAAUUCUAUUGCUAGCAUAGUCAAUGAUGAAAAUGUUGAAAAAAAUCGAAAUAAAGAGACUGUGCAAACUGGUGAAGAUGUAGUCUCUAUGCAAAAUACAGAUGUGGAAUUUGGUGUUCUAGACCUAAGUUUGAAAAAGUUACCUCAAACUGGUUCCUCUUCUUGUGGCCAGCCUGAUUCUUCUUGCCAGGACAAGGGUACUCUGCAUACUAUUGCUGCAGAAAAUUGCCUGGGUAAAGCUGAAAAACAGAUACAGGGUCCAGAGAGUAAAAUGUUUUCAGACACUAGUAAAAUGUACACCUUUGAUCAGAAAAGCUUUUCCUCUCAAGCAUCUAGCAAAAUGCUUGAGUCAAGUGAAAAGCAUUGCUCACCUGUCUCCUAUGACAGACUGUCCUCAGGCCAAGAGAAAAGACUGACAAGUGAAAAGUUAAUCUGCCAGAGGCAGAAAAAUAUUUCUCUGUCCCCCAAGACCUUUUCUUGGCAGGUUCAGGAGUAUUGCCAGUCUGUAGCUGCAGAAACGCAAAAGAACAAUGCACAGAAAAACUCCAUGUCUUUGGCCCACAAAAGAUUGUCCAAUCGAAAUCAGGAAGUUGGCCAUCCCCAAGAUACUAAGAGAUUGCCCAGUCAGAAUCAAAACAAUCCCCCAUCUCAGAUGACUGAAUGCUUAACACACCAACUUGAGAAAAAUCACCUCUCUCAAGUCUUUAAGAGCAGUUCCCAUAACAUUCAGGGCAGUGGUAAAUUGCAUUCCAACAAAGGUCUGCCCCACCAACCUCAGGAUAAAUGUUCUUCUCAGGUAGCUAAAAACUUUCGACAACAAGACCUUUCCAGCAGUACAAGUCAGAUCUUACAGACUUUACCUGCUCAUACUUCGGUACAACAUCCCAGUCACUCAAAUUUUUCAGUCUUUGUGAAUACUAUGCAAACUCAAACCACCAUUGUGCCUAUUAUGCUUGCUUCUCCUCCUACUAUUUACUUCACUAAUAGUAUAGCACUGCAUACCUCCCAACCACCAUCUAUAAAGAGUCCCGUGCAAAAUUCAAGGAAACCCCUUGAAUCAAGCCAAUCAUUGUCUUCACCCUCGGGUUCAGAAAAUGAAAGUAACGGAUUUCACAGUUCAAAAUCGUUCAUGUUUCGGAAGUACAAAAUGAAGAAGUUAUCUUCGUCUGAGGAGGAGCCCUGUAGGGCCAGUACUGACUCUGUUUCCCAAAAUGUGUCUAAUCCAUUUCCAUCUGAUACAGUGCAGUCUCUGCCUCCUAGUGCUCCUGAAUCCUCCCCAGCUCUAGGGGAAGCUAAUGUGUCUUUGGCAAGUGUAGAUGAAUCUUCUCGAAGUAGUUCUGGUCACCAGUUCUCUGAACUUCACCGGUCUGUGCACAGAGCUAUCACUAGUUCUGUUGCUAGAUCUCAUUCCAGCUUGCUUGAGGACUGGCUAUCAAAAACCAAGGAGGAAGAGCUAAGCAAGAUGCCCGUGAAGACUAAGAAUACUUUUAGAUCAAAUGAUCCAUCCUCAGAUUUGCCCGGAGAAGACAUAUGGCUUGCUUUUGAUGGGGUUCGUUUACGUCUUCAUAAGCUGCUAUCCCAGUUGGAAACUUUCAUGUUUACUCGGAAAUGCCCUUUUCCUCAUGUCAUACGAGCAGGUGCAAUCUUUAUUCCUAUCCAUCUAGUUAAGGAAGUCUUGUUUCCAGAGUUGCCGGGUCCUGCUGUUGAUAGAGUUUUGCAGAAGCACAAAGUAGAACUUCGGCCCACUACUUUAUCUGAAGAAAAACUCCUCAGAGAGACCAAGCUGAAACACUGCCCUUCCCGCAUGUUAAAACUACUUGCCCUUAAACAGCUUCCUGACAUUUAUCCAGACUUGCUGUGUCAUUUUUGCAGACACAUAAUACAGCAGGAGCUUGGUAAACGGUCACGAAGUCUAGAAAAAGAGGAGCUCAAAUUAUCUGAUUCGUCAAAGAAGGAACCACUCUGUGCCUCACCCAGGAAAUUUAAAAGUGCCUUAAUUCUAAAGCUGCAGAGAGUUCGGAAACACUCGGGCAUCCAUGUGUAUAAGACUCAAAAACCAAAGACUCCCCAGAAAAAGGAUAUGUUGCAGAAAAGUCCAGUUUGUCGCAAGAAACAAUACAGAGCGCGCCAAGUGUUAAACUACACAAAAAGGAGGCGUAGACGUACGAGUAAAAGCUUUCCAAAUCUAGUAGGGAGGCGUAUCCUACACUUGUUUGAUGAUGGUGACCAAGAAGUUUGGUUCCCUGGCAGAGUGCUACGAGUGCACCAACAUUCUCGUAACCCCCGUGACACACAGUAUGAGGUGUGGUACGAUGGUGAGCCUGGCACUCGCUAUUUCUUAGAACUACUGCAGGACUACGAAAAAGGCUGGCUACAGCUGGAUGGUUAAAGUGGUCCAUUUAAAACUGGUCACACUGUAGCCCAGGCAGGCCUGGUGCAUAGUGAUUAGCUUAAUCUUUGAAUGUUUUUUUAAUGUAAAAUUCUCGUUUUGUGAGGAUUACUGAAAAAAUUGUGCCUCCUUUUACAUUUCCGGUAACCACCGUGCCAGUUUCAAGGGUUACUUUUAAUGUAUGUUUUAGCCAACUAUCCUGGAUUCCAGUGUACUGUGAUAGAAAAGUUUGUCCUGAGAACAAGUAUCUUGAAUAUGCAAAUGUGCCUUAAUGCCCUCAUGUUUUAGUAUUCCCAUAUGCACUAUAUGAUAGUAGGUCAUUGGUUUUGUUAGACGAGGAUAAUGUAGAAAAAGUUGCAUAGCCUAUAAUUUCCAGUCAUAUUAAAGCAUAACCCCACGUUGUAGAAAAUUACAAAAUGUUUAAAUGUACAUCAAGUGUUAAAGGGGUUCUGCAUUUUUUUUUUAAACUGAUCUAUCCGCUGGAUAGAUCAUCAGCAUCUGAUCGGCGGGGGUCCAACACCCGGGACCCCUGCCUAUCAGCUGUUUGAGA